AAAAAUUAAAGAAAAAGGAGGAAGCUGCCUAGCUGGUAUUGGAUUAUUGGGGUUUGGGAACGUUUCGCAGGACAUAGAACUUGGCAGGCGGCAGCGAUGCGAAACGUGACCCAAAUUAGAUGUUAGAAACCGCGGUUUAUUUCUUAAUUAAUAACUUUUUAUUUAAUAAAAAAGCACCUUAUUUUAUAAUAAUAAUAAUAAUAAUAAUAAUGAAUGAUUUCAUGCCUGAUUGUCCACUUCCUCCUCCAACUCCUACUCCUCAUCCCGUUGUUUUUCUUCGUCAAAAUGGUGGGAGACACGCGUCAAUUAUCUCUCGCUAAUUGAAUUGUGGUAAUGGCUUGACUCCCAAAUCUGGUGUCUCUGAUAGCAGGACUUACCUGAGAGUGACAUCUUUGUUUAUUGGAUAUUAGAUUAGAAAGUUAGAGUAGAUUGAGAUUGAGAUUGAAGUGUGGGUUCCCAUGGAAAUGGAAUUGGAAGCUGAAGCUGAAGCUGAUUUUAUGACGAAUGACAUGCUCACACUCCCACACGAUCCCUUUGAUCCCAACCACAUCCAUGAUGAUGAUAAUUUGGCUAUUGAAGGCGAAAGAUGUGGAAUAUGCAUGGAUAUCGUCAUUGAUAGGGGAGUUCUCGAUUGCUGUCAGCAUUGGUUCUGUUUUGUAUGCAUUGAUAACUGGGCUACAAUCACUAAUCUCUGCCCACUUUGCCAGAACGAGUUUCAGUUGAUCACUUGUGUACCAGUUUAUGAUACCAUUGGAGGCAAUAAAGUUGAAGAUGACUCAUUCUCCAGAGAUGACGAAUGGUCCAUUGAAGGGAAGAACAAUACAUUAUCGUUUCCCUCCUACUACAUUGAUGAAAAUGCAGUUACUUGUUUGGAUGGUGAUGGCUGCAAAGUUCGAAGUGGAUUGGAAACUAUUGAAGGAGAUUCUGAUCUUGAUACAUCAAUUGCAUGUGAUUCAUGUGAUACAUGGUACCAUGCCUUCUGUGUGGGAUUUGAUACAGAAGGUACAUCUGAAAGUACAUGGUUAUGUCCAAGAUGCAUGGUCGGUGAAGUUUCUAAAGGAAGAGACACUGAUUCAAUGGAGAGCACGAUGGUAGAAUGUAACCCAGAGCAUAUUAACAAUCAAUGUCAGGCUGAGGAUUCCUUUUCAAGAAAAGUUUGUGUGUCUGUUGCUGAUGCGGGAGAGACAGCUGUUGUUGUUUCAAUGGUUGAUGGACAUAAAUGGGUUCCAUCAACAAGCGAGAAAAGCCUAUUGCCUCUUGAACUUGGCAGGGAACAAUUGACUGCAUCAUGUAUAUUAGAUUCUGACACAACUAAUCAGCAGAAAGCAAUGGAGAAGAAGAUUAUGUCACCAAUUGUGAAGGAACAAGAGCUGGAGUUGUGCUUAUCACACAAUGUAUCUGGUAGCCUAAGUUCUAAAUCCUUGGAGCAUAAUGAUCGAAAGGAAAGUGCUCAUGGAGCAAGGAGUGGACCAAGUAACCUUGAUGAAACCAAGUUAGCUGAUGAGUCCCAUGUCAAAACUAGUCCUUCUAGAAAUGAAUCUGAUAUGGGUCUUCAUCUUGGUUUAUCAGUGGGCUCUUUCCUAUCAGUUGAUAAUGUGGACAAGGAUGGAAUAAAAGAUCACACAACUGGUGUCAAGCACCUGAGUUCAGAUGAAUGUUCUAUGGAAGGAGAUGUAAUUGAAAAUGAUGUUAAGAAGGAUAAUAAUAGUGUAACUGCUGGGAAGAGAAAGCAUGUUGAUCACAGCAAUGAUGGAGGUCAUUUGAAAGUUGAUGGGGAUGUGAAGCCUGAACUUCCAAUUGAAGUGUCUCAAAAGAAAAUUAGAGCUGCUGGUGGUCAAAUGACUAGUAUUAAUAACUCAGCUGAUGCCCAGCUUUCAGACAAUGGUCAAAAGAGCUCUGCUUUGAACCAUUCUGCAUCCAAGGAGGUUGUCAGACCAACUAUAAUGAAUAUAGUUAAAGGUACAAACCGUAGGCUUUCCAAGGGACCUACUGGCACUAAUUCGUCUGACAAUGUGACUAGAAAGGAUGAAAAUAUGGCUGGAUUGAGGGUAAAAAAGAUCAUGAAGAGAGUUGCUGAUGAUGGAGAAUCAUCCUUGAUAGUUCAAAAUCUAAGGAAGGAAAUUAGAGAAGCUGUCCGUAACAAAUCCUCUAUAAACUUUGAGGGAAAUAUUGAUACAAAGCUUCUUGCAGCAUUCAGGGCUGCUAUAGCUGGACCCAAAACUGAACCUGUAAAUAAGUUAACCCCUUCAGCUUUAAAGGCAAAGAAGUCAAUGUUGCAGAAAGGAACGGUACGUGAGCAUCUUACAAAGAAAAUUUUUGGGACUUCGAAUGGAAAAAGAAAGCGUGCAUGGGAUAGGGACUGUGAAAUUGAGUUUUGGAAAUAUCGGUGCAUGAGGGCUACAAGGCCUGAAAAAAUUGAAACUUUAAAAUCAGUUCUAGAUCUACUAAGAAAAAAUUCAGAGUCAACACAGGGUCCUGAAUGUCAGGCCAAGGAUACUAUUCUUUCCAGGUUGUAUCUAGCAGAUACAUCUGUUUUCCCACGGAAAGAUGAUGUCAAGCCCCUCUCUGUACUUAAAACUGAUGCUAGCUCAGAGCAGACUAAACAAAAUAACCCGUCAGGAACAGAUAUAAAAAAUCUUUCAUGCAAUGCCAGAGUUUGUUCAUCUGAAACAAAAGUAGAUAAGAAGAUUAUACAUGGUUCAGCUAGUGAUAAUUCGGCUUCUCGUAAGACAUCAGUUUCUUCUUCAGCUGGUGCCAAAGUAAAUGCAAAGGAAUUAGGACUUAAAUCAGAUUCUACGAAGAGUGAUAAAAAGAAAUGGGCUUUAGAGUUUCUUGCUAAGAAAACAGCUGCUGAUAGCAAAAGGACGGCAAAUGGAAGUCAAGAAGACAAUGCACUUUUUAAAGAUAAAUUUCCUUUGCUUGCCCAGCUACCGGCUGAUAUGAGACCAGUACUGGGACCUUCUUGUCACAAUAAAAUUCCAAUAUCAGUGAGGCAGACACAGCUUUACCGCCUGACAGAGCGCUUGUUGAGGAACACAAAUCUGCCAGUCAUUCGCAGAACUGCAGAUACAGAAUUGGCUGUUGCAGAUGCAAUCAAUAUUGAAAAGGAGGUUGCUGACAGAUCGAGCAGCAAGCUUGUGUAUUUGAACCUCUGCUCACAAGAGCUCCGACAUCGUGCAAAUAACACAAAAUCCGAUGUAGCUGAAGAUACAAAUCCCCCGGAGUCACCUGCCAAGCUUCCUGAUCAAUUAGAACAUAAUGCUGAUGAUUGUUCAACCGACCCUGCUGUUGAAGCCUUGAAAAAUGCUGGUCUAUUGUCUGAUUCACCACCUAGCAGUCCACAUGAUAACAGAGAAAUAGGUAAUGAAAAUGAUACUUCAGGGCCUGAUAAUAUACUUGAAUUGGAUUCUCAUCCUGAGCUGGACAUUUAUGGUGAUUUUGAGUAUGAUUUGGAAGAUGAAGACUACAUUGGGGUUUCAAAGGUCUUAAACCCAAAACCAGAGGAAAGUGACUCGAAAGUGAAACUUGUUUUCUCCACCAUGAACUCGAAGUCAGAUACAGCUGUGGAUGACACAGACUGUAAAGGGUCCCUUAACAGUGAAGUACUACGGGAUGCCUCCGGCUCAACAACCUCUCACAUCGAAACAGUCCCUAGGGACUCAGCAACUGAUGCAGAGAUUGGCGGGCCUUCUGCUUCGGUUUCUUCUGAGUUAUGUGAGAGUGCUGUCGAGCCAGCUGAUUCCGAAUUUGAAGAAUUAUAUGGCCCUGACAAAGAACCACUCAUAAAAAAAUUUCCAGAUGCCGAACCAAGAACAACAUGUGGAGAGGGCAAGAAAGAAACACCAAGUGAGGCCACUGACAAAUCUAAUGUAUCUGAAACUGGUAAAAAUUCCCCAGGGAAAGAAGAGAAAUCUGAUGAUAUGAGUGCGAAGCAGUCUGAGUGUGACUCGAUAAACCAUGUAACAAAGAAGGUAGAAGCCUAUAUCAAGGAGCAUAUGAGGCCACUGUGCAAGAGUGGUGUGAUCACAGCAGAACAAUACAGGUGGGCAGUCGCAAAAACAACAGAGAAGGUUAUGAAGUAUCAUUGCAAAGCAAAGAAUGCUAAUUUCCUCAUAAAGGAAGGUGAGAAAGUAAAGAAGCUUGCAGAGCAGUAUGCCGAAGCAGCCCAACAGAACAGAAAAAAUUGAUUUGCAUAUCAUCAGCAAGUUUUCUCAUGUUGCCCCCUUACUAAAAGAAACUUGAUUAAUUGUUCAGCUGUAGAUAUAUGUUAGAUUUAUAGCCCCAGCUCACCCUUCAUAUGUGAAUUGAGCAUAACAUGGGGAGUGAUUGAGAUUUGAGAACAUGAUAAGCAAAAUGUAAAAUUUUUCACAUGACUA